AUGACUAUGACAGCUGGGAAGUGUUCCAAGCACAUUAAGAAGUUUUUCACAAAUGGGUUGAAGAAAAAUGUUCUUCCCUACUUCCUGCACUGCAAGAAUAAACCCUUCCUCAUGAACUCCAAAUAUGUGCAGAAGUACUCUCUCGAGUUUGUCCCCAAAAGUGUUAUUAACAGGUCAGCUCGGAAGAGGGAGAGGCAGACAGGGGGCAGACAGAGCGAAGAUGAAAGGACCCGCUGCACCAUCUUGGCACUUUUCACAACAACACAUACAUCCAAGACAAACGGAGGAUCAAAAAAGACGGGGAGUGAACAAUUAUGA